CGACGGCGACGGCGACGGCGACGGCGACGGCGACGGCUCAAGGCCAACAAGCCCUUGGAAUAAGAUGAACUUGAUGGUGUACACCCUGUAUGGGUUCGCGGUGACGUUUAUGGUGAUCUGGUCAGUUAUGUGGAUAUUCCAUGUGCUCGCGUUGAUCGCCGGCCGCUGGAAACUACACCGCAAGCUGAGCCAGGUGCCGACUUACGAAACGCCCCUACCCGGUGUCUCGAUAAUCAAACCCCUCAUGGGGGUUGAUCCAAACCUCCACAGCAACCUCGAGACUUUCUUCCAGCUCGAUUACCCCGUGUACGAGCUCCUGUUCUGCAUCGAGGACGAGCAAGACCCGGUGCUCGUGCUUGUCCACAAGCUCGUGGAAAAGUAUCCGGCCGUCGAAGCGAAGCUCUUCAUCGGCGGUCGCGGCGUCGGCGUCAACCCUAAGAUAAACAAUAUGCAGCCCGCUUACGAAGCAUCGCGGCACGAGCUCAUCCUCAUUAGCGACAGCGGCAUCCGCAUGCGCGAGGACACGCUACUCGACAUGGUGAACUAUAUGACCGAGCGGGUCGGCCUUGUCCACCAGAUGCCCUUCACAUGCGACCGCGAGGGCUUCGCCGCCGCUUAUGAGAAAAUCUACUUCGGCACCGUGCAGUCCCGCAUGUAUCUCGUGGCCGACCUCCUCAGAAUUAAUUGCCAUACGGGCAUGUCCGCCCUCAUAAAGAAGGCUCUCCUCGAGGAGGUCGGUGGCCUCAAGACCUUCGGCGCUUACCUCGCCGAGGAUUUCUUCUACGCCAAGUCUCUGAUGGACCGGAACUGGAGGAUAACCGUCUGCUCCCAGCCGGCAAUGCAGAAUAGCGGGCACUGCGAGGUUUAUUCGUUCCAGGCGCGGCUCAAGCGCUGGGCCAAACUUCGCGUAGCCAUGCUACCGACGACGAUAGUCCUGGAGCCCCUGAGCGAGUGCCUCAUCCUCGGUGCGUGCGCCUCCUGGGCGGCGAAUCUACUCCUCGAUUGGGAUACGCUCGUCUUUUACCUCGCGCACGUCCUCCUGUGGUUCACCUUUGACUGGACGCUUCUCUGCGUCGUGCAAAACGGGCCCCUGCCCUUCAACUUCCUCGAAUUCGUCAUCGGCUGGCUACUCUGCGAGACGACGAGGCCGUACCUCUUUGUCCAGGCGGUCCUGGACCCCCUCAUACAGUGGCGCUCGCGGGUCUAUAGGCUCAAGUGGGGCGGCCUCGCCGAAGAAGUCAAGGCCAAAGUCAAGUAUUGAAGGUGGUGCGCGCUGAUUGAUUCUAUUGCUGACGCUCUCUCGCUCCCUCUUUCAACCCCC